AUGAGCGAGAUCACUCACCCUACCAUCAAGGAUGGCUGGUUCUCCGAGCAGUCCGGCAUGUGGCCCGGCCAGGCCAUGAACCUUAAGGUGAACCAGAUUCUGCACCACGAGAAGUCCAAGUACCAGGAUGUUCUGGUCUUCGAGAGCAGUGACUACGGCACUGUCCUCGUCCUGGACAACGUCAUCCAGUGCACUGAGCGCGAUGAGUUCUCCUACCAGGAGAUGAUCACUCACCUGGCCAUGAACUCCCACCCCAACCCCAAGAAGGUCCUGGUCAUCGGUGGCGGUGACGGCGGUGUUCUCCGGGAGGUUGUCAAGCACGAGUCCGUCGAGGAGGCCAUCCUCUGCGACAUUGACGAGGCUGUCAUCCGCCUGUCCAAGAAGUACCUGCCCAGUAUGAGCAUUGGCUUCCAGCACCCCAAGGCCACCACCCACGUCGGUGAUGGCUUCGAGUUCCUGAAGAACCACAAGAACGAGUUCGAUGUCAUCAUCACCGACUCCUCCGACCCCGAGGGUCCUGCCGAGAGCUUGUUCCAGAAGCCCUACUUCGAGCUUCUGCGCGAUGCCCUGCGCGACGGCGGUGUCAUUACUACCCAAGGUUCUGAGAACCAAUGGCUCCACCUCUCUCUGAUUGCCGACCUCAAGAAGGCCUGCAACGAGGUCUUCCCUGUUGCCGAAUACGCUUACACCACCAUCCCCACCUACCCCUCCGGCCAGAUCGGCUUCAUGGUCUGCUGCAAGGACGCCACCCGCAACGUGCGCGAGCCUGUCCGCACCUGGACCCGCGAGGAGGAGGAGAAGCUGUGCCGCUACUACAACCAGGAUAUCCACCGCGCCAGCUUUGUCCUGCCCAACUUCGCCCGCAAGGUUCUGAACUAA